CAACCCUGAUUGUGUUUUCUGCUAGGUCGAUGACAACAUUGAUUUUCAGUCUGGUCGCGGUCCAUUGUCUAAAUAGAAAAUUUUGCAAAUCUAUUAAGCUUGAGCAAUAAAUUUGAGGAAUUAUGUCGCAAGAAGUUGAGGAAACACUGAAACGCAUCCAGUCACAUAAGGGUGUAGUCGGCACCAUUGUUGUCAACAAUGAAGGUAUUCCAGUCAAGUCGACACUGGACAACACGACAACAGUGCAGUAUGCUGGUCUUAUGAGUCAACUAUCUGACAAAGCACGCAGUGUUGUGCGUGAUUUAGACCCUUCCAAUGACCUUACUUUCCUGCGUGUACGUUCCAAAAAGCAUGAGAUUAUGGUUGCACCCGAUAAAGAUUUUAUUCUGAUAGUUAUUCAAAAUCCAACUGACUAAACGGUGCAAUUGAAAUACUUAUAUUCUUAGCUACUCGUGUAUUUAUUGUAUUACCUUGCGUGAAAGCGAUAGAGCUUUGAUUUUGAAUUUGCAUCAAUCGGAAAUGGAAACAAAAUUACAUACAUCUUUUAAGAUCUGCUUACAUUUUAUGUGAUUUAAUGUUAGUAUUAAUUUUUAUACAAACUUAAUACAGCACAAUGCAAAAUGCUUUUGAAA